AUGGAAGCAAGUGGGAGAACGACGAAGGGGAUUUUGAGAAUUGUUCUACCAAGGGAAUCCAUGGAAGAUGCCAUGGGCGUCCCUAUGGCUAGGCAAGGUAGCCUGGGCAAUGUUAGGACUGGAGGCGGAGGCGGUUUGGGUGAUGCUAGAAGUGACCUGAAUGAUGUUCCUGUCAUGAUUGGAGGCAGAGGUGGUCUGGGCAACGCUAGGGAGAAGGGCACUAGCGCUGGCUCGCACUCUGGCACUCACACUAGUGUAGGCGCUAGUGUAGGCGUUGCUGCUGUUGGCGCUGAGGCAGACAACGGCUUCCAGAAGUUGGGCUCUAGCGGGAGGCUACUUAGAGUCGUGAGAAAGCAACAAGUAAGCAUAUUUAAUGGCAAGGGCAGUGUCCUUGGUUUUGUCAGAGAUGGAGAAUAUGAUGCCUUUUGGCUAGGUAAAACGAUUUUGCUCGCCCUUUUAUUCCUUAGUUGUUUUGGAAUUUUCUUGACAUUGACUCUAAUUGUUACAACAACUCAAUUUGACAAGGAUAUGAUGGCGAACUCUGCACAAGCUCCUCAGGGAGCCAUAGGAGCUGUUGACUGUGAUAGUUCAAAUGUAACUUUGAUUUUCAAUUCCAUAGAUUCUGACAGUGACAUUGCUACCAUUUUAUCUUCAUUUCAUAUUCCUCCUAUUGUUCUAUGCCACUGGGCCGAGAAAGAUGAACUGGCAUGUUAUGAUUCUUUUGGAGAGAUUCUUCUAUAA